AUGAGAUGCUGGGUUUUCAGUGAAAGUCUGUCAGUCCUGUUAUUACUGGUGUGGCUGGGAUUGAAUUUAUAUCUGUUUAUUGACACAUACCACUGGUAUGAAGAAGAUGAUGCUUACCUUUAUACACGAGUUAUGCUGGGUUCAACACUGGCUUGGGCGAGAGCUUCUGCGACAUGCCUUAAUUUUAACUGCAUGUUAAUCCUGCUACCAGUCUGUAGAAACUUUAUUUCAUUCAUAAGGGGAAAAAGCAUUUGUUGUAGAGGAGCACUGAGGAGACAACUUGACAAAAACCUCACAUUUCAUAAGAUAGUUGCCUAUGGAAUAGCUGUAAACGCAAUCAUCCACAUUGUUGCACAUCUGCUCAACAUAGAGCGAUAUCAUAUAAGUCAAUCGAAGGAAGCAGGGGGGUUACGGAAUAAACUUUCUGGCAUUGGCAAAACGCCAAAUGAAAGCUACUUGAACCCAAUUAGAAACUAUGAAGUGAACCCAACAACACAGAUACUAACUACCAUAGCUGGAGUAACUGGUGUCAUAAUCACUGUGGCUUUCAUUCUGAUCAUAACUUCAUCCACAGAGAUCAUCAGAAGAUCAUUCUAUGAGGUGUUCUGGUAUACCCAUCACCUGUUCAUCGUUUUUUUUGUCGGUCUGGUUAUCCAUGGUAUGGGUCAGCUCGUCCGACGUCAGACGCCGCAGAGUCUGUUGCUGCACAAUGUCACUUAUUGUAAAGAUCACUACACAGAAUGGGAGAAAGCCACUCAAUGUCCUUUGCCACUAUUUUCUGGCAGUGAACCUGUGGCUUGGAAAUGGGUUUUAGGUCCUGUGGUAGUAUACAUCUGUGAAAGAAUUGUUAGGUUCUGGAGAUUUCAGCAGAAAGUUGUCAUUACAAAGGUGGUGACUCAUUCCUCUGGAGUCCUUGAGCUCCAUAUGAAGAAAUGUGGCUUUAAAAUGGAGCCUGGCCAGUAUAUAUUUCUACAGUGCCCUUCUGUAUCACAACUGGAGUGGCAUCCUUUCACGCUUACCUCGGCUCCUGAGGAGGAAUUCUUCAGUGUGCACAUAAGGGUAGUUGGGGAUUGGACAGGAGCCCUGUUCAAGGCAUUUGGAGCAGAGGAAAAAGUCUUUAAGGAGCCCUGGAAGCUACCAAGACUGGCUGUGGAUGGACCAUUUGGAGCUGCAACUACAGAUGUUUUUCACUAUCGAGUCAGUGUAUGCAUUGCAGCAGGAAUAGGAGUCACUCCGUUCGCUUCGAUUCUAAAAUCCAUAUGGUUUAAGUGCUGUAAUCCUAAUACAGAACUGACGUUGGAGAAGGUUUAUUUCUAUUGGACUUGCCGAGAUGCAUCUGCCUUUGAGUGGUUUGCUGAUCUCCUGUUCUUGCUGGAAACACAAAUGGCUGAGAAAGGGAAAACCCAUUUUCUAAGUUACCAUAUAUUUCUUACUGGCUGGGAUGAAAGUCAGGCUACUCAUAUAGCUCUACAUGAAGAUGAAAAGAUGGAUGUAAUUACUGGUCUGAGACAGAAGACCUUCUAUGGAAGGCCGAACUGGGACACUGAGUUCAGGCAAAUAGCAGAAAAUCAUCCUAGCAAGAGCAUCGGUGUAUUCUUCUGUGGACCCAAAGCUCUCGCCAAGAUCCUUCAAAAGAGGUGCAACUUGUACUCAUCAGCUGAUCCAAGGGGUGUUCAGUUUCACUAUAACAAGGAAAGUUUCUAA